AAGGGGGUCUCAUGUUCACACGGUCUCUAUUUCUUCAUGUGAUUUUGGAUUAGUUAAAUUGAAUUAUUCUUUCAGGUUGCAUAGAUAAACUUUUUUCCAACGACCCACAUUUUGACUUUUUGGACAAUUAAAGCGUUUUGCACCUUCUUCUCUCUUUCAUUCCCAAUUUUUCUUCAUAUUUUUUUCCUAAAGUGAUUGAUCUGAGAUUCAAAGCCUUUCUAUUCUUGACGACUUAUUCUUCUACAUAAGAAAAGUCCUUUUUGGAAGAGGAAGAGCUGCAGCAUUUUGUGAAUCAGAAUAGCUUGUAAUAUGCAAGGAGCUGGUCGAUGAUGUUGGACCUAAUUGACAACUUUUCAUUUGACUUCCUCUCGUGAGAGGAGUUGGCUAACAUGUUUCCCACUAAUAGCUCUAUUAAUGGGCAGAAAGAUGUAAGAGUUCAGGGACAAAGCUCUAAUUUGGCAAGCAGUUUCAGGCAUGAUUUUGGGAUGAGUUCUCUACCAAAAAAUUUGAUGGGAAAUGACACCAUCAGCGACUCUCAGGAUCAUGAAGCUAUGGAGCUAUAUUCACGUGCUAAAGCAAAACAGGAAGAAAUUCUAUAUCUUCGGGAACAGAUUGCUCUUGCCAGUGUUCGGGAAUCGCAGCUCUUGAAUGAGAAGUAUGGACUUGAGAAGAAAUUUUCUGAACUACGCAUGGCGCUAGAUGAGAAGCAAAGUGAAGCUAUAAUGUCUGCCUCGAACGAACUGGCCCGCAGGAAAGGUGAUCUUGAAGAAAAUUUAAGAUUGGUCAAUGAGUUAAAGGAUACAGAGAAUGACAGAUAUAUUUUUAUGUCAUCCAUGCUUGGAUUAUUGGCUGAAUAUGGCAUCUUUCCUCGUGUGGCUAAUGCCUCUAGUCUGACCAACAAUGUGAAGCACUUACACGAUCAACUGGAGAUGAAGAUCAGAACUUCACAUGCAAAAAUUGCACAAUUAAAUUCCAUGGUGACACAUCAUGCUAGAGGUGGAUCUUUUGAUACGGAAUCACCUCAUUCUAGUUCCAUAAACAAUCAACUUCCAAGUGGUUCUAUGGGUAUGCCGGAAUAUCCAUCCUUUAAACAGUACAUUGAUGGAAAACAUAAUGAAGCAGUUGAUACCAGAUCAAGAGAUGUGCAAGCCAGUCUACAUUUACGAGCUGAAAGCUUGCGGCUCAAUCAUGAGAUGCAUCAGCAAGCAAAUAGUGGAAGUCAUUUGGAAAUCUCAUCCAAUACUGAUAGGGAUGUUCCCUUUCCCAGUAAAGAUAACUUGUUUGAUAGAAAUGGGGUGAAUGAGAGAUUUGAGGAGAGCACCGAUGAAAACCGUCAUAAUCCUCCUAUGGGAAAUGAGAUGGGUGGUUCUAUUAGUUCAGAAGGGGAAAGUCCUGGAAUAGAAAAUUUUCAAAUAAUUGGAGAAGCUAAACCAGGAUGCAGAAUUUUUGGUUGUGGGUUUCCUGUACGUGGAACUUCUCUUUGUAUGUUCCAGUGGGUCCGUCAUUAUCCUGAUGGUACAAGGCAGUAUAUUGAGGGUGCCACGAAUCCUGAAUAUGUAGUUACUGCUGAUGACAUCGAUAAACUUAUAGCUGUUGAAUGCAUACCGAUGGAUGACCAGGGACAUCAGGGGGAACUUGUCAGGCUUUUUGCCAAUGAUCAAAACAAAAUAACAUGUGACCCAGACAUGCAAUCAGAGAUAGAUACCCAUAUUUCUGAAGGCCAGGCCACGUUUAAUGUUCUAAUGCUUGUCGAGUCUUCUGAGAACUGGGAACCAGCGAUUAUAUUUUUGCGGCGAUCAAGCUUCCAAGUCAAGGUUCAUAGAACACAAGCUGUUGUAAUAGCAGAAAAAUUUUCCAAAGAGUUGUCGAUCAAAAUUCCAAGCGGGUUGUCAACACAGUUUGUUAUCACAUGUUCCGAUGGGUCUUCACAUCCCUUCAGUACAAACAAUGAUAUAAGAAUGCGCGAUACUCUUGUGCUGACGAUGAGAAUCUUCCAAAGCAAGACCAGUGGCGACACAUGACAUGACCAAACCAUCUCAAGCGACGUUCUCUCAUAUCCUCAGUAUCUGCUAUUUGCACCUUUUGACCAGUAUUGUCUUUUUUAAUCUUAUCUAAUCUUCUAUGACCGUACAUCUAUCUUAGCAUCUGCAUCUAUAUGAAACGCAUCUUGUGGAUUGUGUCGGACUUCCCAACAUUCACUCCCAUAUAACUUUACUAGUCUUAUAACUGUUUAAUAGAACUUUUUUUACAUUUUGCUAGGCAUCCUUCUAUCACAUAAAACCCCGGUACUACUUCUCCAUUUCAACCAUCUGAUAUUGAUUCUAUAUGUAACAUUUUUAUCUCUCAUUCCACUCGCCUGAAAUGAGCUUAGAUAUCUGAAUUACUUGCAUAUAGAGACAAUAGAGAAAUCUCUCUUGUAUUGUAUUCAAGAAAUAAUAAGUAUAUAUACAAGUACAUAGAGCCUUAACUAUGGAAAGAAUCAAAAAGGAAAUCCUAUAAAUCUGCUGUGAAUCCCUAUAAUUAUGCUAGCUAUGUAUACUACAUAAGAUUAUGUCUACAUUCAAAUUAUGUCUACAUUCAUUAUCUAACACUCCCCCUCAAGCUGGAGCAUAGAUAUUGAUCAUGCCCAGCUUGUUACAAAGGUAAUCAACUCGAAUUCCAUUCUAACGCCUUUGUGAACAAAUCAGCCGGUUGCUCUCCUGUCUUCACGUAGCCAGUGGAGAUCAAGUUCUCCUGAAUCUUCUCUCGAAUAAAAUGGCAGUCAACCUCAAUAUGCUUAGUUCUUUCAUGAUACACCGGAUUUGACGCAAUAUGGAGGGCAGCUUGAUUGUCACAUCAGAGUUUUGCUGGUAUUGGAUGCUCUAACCCAAUUUCAGUCAACAGAUGAUGUAUCCACAUAAUCUCACAUGUAGACUGUGACAUAGCUCUAUACUCGGAUUCUGCACUAGAUCAGAUACAACACUUUGCUUCUUACUCCUCCAUGAUACCAAGUUUCCUCCAACAAAGACACGAUAACCUGUAGUAGAUCUUCUAUCAAUUUUCGAUCCACCCCAGUCAGCAUCUGCAAAACACUCAAUACGAGUAUGAUUGUGAUUGCUAUAUAAUAUGCCAAGUCCAGGAGCUCCUUUCAAGUAACACAAAAUCUGUUCCAAAGCUGCCCAAUGUUUGACCGUUGGUGCAGACAUGAACUGGCUAACAACACUUACCGCAAAAGCAAUAUCUGGACGAGUCACAGUAAGGUAGUUUAAUUUCCCAACUAACCUCCUGUAUCUCUCUGGAUCGUCAAAAGGAUCACCAUCGUCUUUCAUAGGAUGCACAUUAGGAAUCAUUGGAGUACUGCAAGGUUUAGCUGCCAACUUUCCAGUUUCUGCAAGCAAGUCAAGAAUGUACUUUCUCUGAGACAAAAGAAUUCCCUUCUUGCUUCUAUUUA